AUGGACAAACCUCCCUCCUCUGCGGCCAACAAACCGCCCACCAAACCAGCCUACAUCUCCUCCUCGGGACAUGUCCUAGAAUCACCCCCCUUCUCCGCCCGCCUCUCCCGCUUCUCCUCGGACGUCUAUAACUUUCUGGGCCUGUACUUCGUGUCUCUCUUCUCGUUGGACCCAUAUGCCGCGGCGCAGAAUAGCCAGUUCAACACGCGCGGCAGGCCGAGUGCGCAGCAGGCGCGGUCGAUGUGGGGUGGUGGUGUUGGUGGUGGCUCGGGUCGACUGGGUUCUGGCGGGGGAGCAGCGAGUGGUGGAAGCGGAAGCGGAGGGGCUAGAGGUGGGGGUGGCAGUGGUAGGAGGAUGGGUGGUAUCGACGACGUGAGGGCGCCGGAGUGUGGGAGUUGUGGGUGA